GUUAAAUCUAUAAUUUGGAUUAUCGUUUCGGAUUUCUUUCGGGAGAAAUUCACAACAUCUUACUCUUCUAGAUGGUCCGGAAAGAUCAGACGUAAUGAAGUUAUCCACAUCUAGCGUUGUUUCCGAAUCAGGUGCCACUUCAGAAUCAAAGGAAGUUACAAAACUUGCUGGUUCGACAUCUUCGUUGUCUGUAGGAUUGAAAACUCCUGAGACAGUUAAAGUAUCAGUCGGUGUUGAAGGCGGUUCAACUCUCUUACAGUUUAAAAAUCUUGAACAACAAAAUGAACGAAUGAAAGGAGCACUGGUCAAGCUACGUGAUUUGGUUAAUCAAGAUAAAUCGGAAAUUUCAGCUUUAACUAAACAGAUUACAUCUUUAGAAUCAGAAGUUAGUCAACUUCAAACAGAAAAAGAACGAUUAACAAAAAAUUUAAA